GUGUGUAUCAAUAAUGAUCCACCACCCAAAGGACAUCAGCUAAAUUUACACCACUUUGGGAAGCAUUGGAGUCAAACAUAGGCCAGCAUCCCAAUGGCACGCUAUCGACACCUUGUCCUGAAGAAUUGAGGCAGUUCUGAGGGUAAGGGAGGUUAUUAUAUAUUAUUUCAGCUCUUUGCUUCCCUCUGUUGGCCAUGGUGGGACAUCGUCUCUCAGUUCUCUCACUUUCAGGUUAAGGCUAUGGGGACAUUGUGAGUCAUGCUAACUUGUUACCAUGCUGUUACCAGAAUUCAUUGAUGAUCUCAGAGAGGGUUUUAUUUAGUGCCUUUAGUAAUGCUCACAUGGGUUUGUUCUGCUUUUUCAAACACACGUAAUCGCAAACGCAUGAUCAAAAGUCCAGUGACAUGCUUUAUCUAACUUAAAGGGACAAACCCAAAUAACAAAACUGUUUCCUUACCUUGAAAGCAUAGUCUAAUAUGCAAAUGCAGUCCUUCUUUGAGCACAGUCUGCUUUAAAACUACAGUGACUAGUGUUAAUAUGAUUGUCUUUUCUGUCAUUUCAUUUGAAUAUGUUGGUUAAUUUACAUGACCUACUGGGCCAUACAUCAUUAGUAUCCUACCAAUCUCUUAAUAUUGCUUCAAAAUAUGGUUGAAACUAUACUUUUUUUUACAAGCAUGUUUAAGUAACCUAAAAUGUAUAGUUAUGACGGGGUUAGUCAUAUGAACUAAAUUCAUGAGGCAGUUAUAAGUGAUAUCCUUUUGAAACCAAGUGGCUAUCAUUGGGAUGUUUUUCAAAUUAUGUAGUUGGCAUUUAAUUAUUAACUUGACCAUUUAACGGGGUAUUCGAUGUCUUUAACACAUCAUUCGGUUCCCUUCCUAAGUCAUUGGAAAAGCUCCUUGGUCUUUGUGGUUGAUUAUGGGGGUAUAAGCCUAUUUAAAAACCAAACUUGACUAAUGAACUAAUUUAGGCGUCUGCAACAAAGGUGGUGAAUAUUAUUCAAUAUAUUUCUUUACCUCCCUCCCCUUUACAAUUUUGUUUAAAAAAAAUGUUGAGUCCCUGGGAGGGACGGAGGUAAGUCUAUAGUAUAUAGGCUAUACCUCACUCUCCUCUCACCUGUUACCAUGUCUACGCACACCUUGGAUAACACGUCUAGGCAAUUCCAAAAAUUGCUUACGGAGACUGGAGAGCGACACUAUGAUACGAAAAUGACUAAUGCAUCAUUGCUCAUGCAUAAUAACCUAAUUUGAUAAGCCUGCUAUAAGCUAAUAAUACAUUAAUGGCGUAAGUUUCAUUAUUUUACAACCAACACCAUUUAAACAAGACGUGUGCUUAACAACUUCUUGCGAUGUAAGCUAAAUAGUUGUAGGCUAGAUGUAGGAGUGUGUAAUAUCUUAAUAGCCUCAUUGUACAAUGAUUUGUUUAUUGUAAAGAGACUACAUCUUGGCGACCUGUCAACAAACGAAUGAGGGGAUUCUGCCCCGGGUGAUUCGCGUUAGCGUUGAUGGCAUUCGUUUUGUAACCGCCUUGCCUCCCGGGUGUGAACCAGGUGUCCCGUUUUGGACUGCGAAAUCGGCUCAAAACAAAAGUUCUGUAGAGUAUGUGUAGGAUUUUGGGUUCACAUGCAAAAUCGAUGGCUUUGGAUAACCACUUAAUCUGCCUUCCCAAUGAGAACUAGUUUGAAAAUGCUAUUAUAUAUUAUGGAAAUUAUAUAUACGUUUAUGAGAAGUUGCAUCAUGCUGUCUUGUUGACAACAUUUAACGAGUGGAGCAGAUUUGCCUAUACUGUUCGAUUUGAGACAGGUGCUCCUCCCUCACCGCUUUUAUCCGUUUAUGUCACGGGCCGUAGCCCGGUGCACUUAAUCAUGUCCCUCAAUAUGUGGAGAAAAAAACCCGCUAUGACUGUCCAUGCGGGCGCACGCUUAUUGGCUAGUCUCAUUGUGCCAACAGGUGGAGUCGCUCCUUGGUGCGCAGAUAACUGCCCACUAUCAUCGCCGAGUAUAAAACUUUGACGCGAUUCAUUUUAUUAUCAGACUGCUCGACCCUGCUCUUUGCCAUUUACCAAGAUGAUGAGCUCCAACGAAUCCGCUGCGGGAAUUGCGCACGUCUACAGGGGAACAUUUGUGCACGCCACCUAUCACACAGCCGUGGAAAUUCUGGAGGAUAGGCUACUGGGAGUGGACACCGAGGGGAAGAUUGCUUUCAUUGGGAGUGGGAAGGAAGUGGACCGUCUGUCACAGAAGUGGGGUUUUGAGGCUGUUACACAGCUUGGACAGCAUGAGUUCUUCAUGCCAGGGAUGGUGGACACCCACAUCCACGCAUCUCAGUACAGCUAUGCAGGCACAGCCCUUGACAUGCCCCUGCUACAGUGGCUCAACAUGUACACCUUCCCAGUGGAGGCCUGCUACAAAGACCUGGAGUUCGCCCGCAACGUCUACACCCAUGUUGUGAAAAGAACCCUGAGAAAUGGAACGACUACGGCCUGCUACUUUGCCACCAUACACACCGACGCUUCUCUCCUGUUGGGCCAAAUCGCAAACGAUUUUGGACAGCGUGCCCUUGUGGGCAAGGUGUGUAUGGACACAAACAACUUUAUCCCACAUUACAAAGAGACGCCAGAAGAGUCCGAAGGGGAAACUAACAGGUUCAUUGGUGAGCUCUUGAAGAAGAAGUACCCCCUUGUGAGGCCAGUGGUGACCCCGCGCUUCGCCCCAUCCUGCUCCGCCGCUUUGCUGGGCCACCUGGGAGAGAUCGCCCAGAACAACGACCUGCACAUCCAGAGUCACAUCAGUGAGACAAAGGAGGAGGUGAAUCUGGUGAAGGAGCUGUUCCCAGACUACGACUCCUACACAGAUGUCUACCACAGACACAACCUUCUCACAGACAAGACGGUGUUGGCUCAUGGUUGUCACCUGACCGAUGGAGAGCUGAAGCUGUUCAGGGAGACAGGGGCGUCCAUCGCUCACUGUCCCAAUUCCAACAUCUCGUUGUGCAGUGGUAUGCUAGAUGUCCGCAGGGUUUUGAACCACAAAGUAAAGCUAGGGCUUGGCACAGAUGUGGCAGGAGGAUACUCUCCUUCUAUGUUGGAUGCUGUGCGGAGAACACUGGACACCUCUAAAGCCUUGACCAUCCAGGACACCCAGUACCACACGCUCACAUUCGAGGAGGUCUUCAGACUGGCCACACUGGGAGGCAGCCAAGCCCUGUCCCUGGAUGAGAAUACAGGAAACUUUGAGGUGGGGAAAGACUUUGACGCUCUGCGGGUGAACACAGAUGCAGCAGGAGGACCCAUUGACCUCAUCAAUCACGAGGAGGGGCCUAAGGUGCUCCUGGAGAAGUUCUUGAAUUUGGGAGAUGAUCGUAAUAUUGUGGAGGUGUACGUGGCAGGGAAGCGAGUGGUCCCAUUCGUAGAGGGCCCAUAGAUCUGGGAUUUGUUGUUGGCUUGUCAUCUGUCCAUUUUCCAAUCCUCUACCAGUCUACCUGACUGCUUUUGUAACAGGAUAGGUGAUUGGAAAAUGUGUUCAACUGGAGGGAUUAUUACGAUGUGUGUUCAAUCAUCUAAUGUACUUACAUACAGUACAAUCCAAUAUUGCUGUUAAGUGAUACUUGCGAGAGCAGUGUGCAGGUUACGGUUUUCUUUGAAGUUGUCACAUUGUUUCUCAUGCACCUGCGUCUUUUUUUAAAUUUCUAAGUCAAGUAAAAUAUGUGUGUGUUUUUGAAUGCAUGUGUAGCUUUGUAUGUGUCCAGCUUAAAUUCUUCUUAAAUGUAAAACCCACGCAAUUUAGCUUUAGGAGACAUUCUAAUAUAUUGAGUCUAAUACAUGUAUAAUGUAUCCUUGUUGAUUAUGAUCAUUGACUGUAUUUAAAUCUUUAUGUACUUGGUUUUAUCCAAUGUUAUUGUGUCACUGCUGUUCUGUGCUACAGUGCUGAGUUUUGUAGCAAAAGCUACAAAGUAAAAAGGGAAAAGAUUUUAGAAAUAUUUUAUUAAAGAGUAUUUGCAAGAU